GAUUGUUUGCUCUACACAUUUGUGUUGUCCCGAUUAUAAAAUUGAAAACAUAACGCCGAACUUUUCACAAUUAAGCAUGAGUUAGAUCAAACCUCAGUCAUUAAGGUACAUCAGUCAAGAUGUAAUGAUAUUUCGAUACAUCAAUGUUACAAAAAUCCGCACCUAAAGCUAAAAUUAAGGAGGUUAUACAAAAUUGAAUUGGUCUUAUUUUCCAUUACCCUUUCUCUUCUAUCUGUAUGCCUGAUCUGCAGCACCAAUUUGCAUCGUCUCAGGCUGAUCAAAUGAAGAAUACGAGGUCUGUUCCAAUGAGUCUGGAUAAAACAGACUCCGCAGCUCAUUGUACCUCUGAAAAUCGAAAUUUUGAGUCUUCAUUAGUUUCUUCUGCUUGGCGCUAAACCUGCUUUGAUAGAACCCUUCAAAAGAAGGUUCUUUGGCCGUUCGGAGAAAGAAUGCGUAGCCGGCCAUGAAAUAAAUGGAUGUCACGUAGAAACAGAUUGGUUCCAUGACAUCCCAUGAGAGUUCCCAGAAGGUAAGCCUCAUGAAUGCAGCUGUUUGCACCACCAGGUAUGCCAGACCACCCCAAAGUUCUCGGCGGACCAGGGUGUCGGCCUUUUCAUCAAUAGCAGAUUUCUGCUUUUCUAGCUGCUCCAGUUCCUUUCUUCUUGGAUCACUGGGGUUGGUUGCCCCUGGUAAAGGAAUUAGGCCUCCAAUGACUUUCGCUACCUGUAACCAGAAAAUGAAAAAACACUUCUGGGUAAAAUAGGCUCAACCUCAUCAUCUAUUUCAUGAAUGUUGGGCCUUUUUAAUGGCUUUUUCAAAUGACUCUGAAUACCUUAAAAACCACCAUAAACUUCAAUUUGAAAAACAAAGGGGUAACUUGAAACCAGGAAAAGCCAGUUAAUCCUCAAAACAAUAAGUCACCUUAAAAAAUGAUUUUUGUUGUUGAAAACUAGAUGACACAAGUAGUCAAAAGAGAACAUGGAAUGACGGAAUGUAGAAGAGAGAAACAAUAAAAAACUUAAUUUUUUUAAAAAAGGAAGAGGGAUAGAUUUGCAUAAGUGAAGUUGAAGGCUCUCCAUCUUUCCUUGUCAAUCAUUCAAGAUGUAAAAUAAAUUAGGAAAAAUGUUUCAGGUUAUCACACGUUAUUCCUAAACCUUUUGUUUUCUCCAAUCAAUGCCUAACAAUCCUCUCUGUCAUCUAACAACCACUCUCGUACAUGGGAUUCAUCCCUUGCCUGUUCAAAUUCCUAUUAUCAGUAUUUUACUUGCCGCCUCUAAUCACGUCUUUCCAACUAAGAAAGUUUUCUAUCCAACCCAAUUGUGAUCUCACUCUCCACCCACCAACCUUCUUCUUUAAUUAUUAAAAAAGAAACAGAAAUGGAAAAGAUAAAUAUAUUCACAUCGUCAUGUCCUUUUAUCUUUCCAGAUUUUGAUAAUUUUAAUAGCUUCUGGCUUAGUUUAAUUAAUCAGUUUGAUUUAU